CCAGUGAUUUUGUAGCCUGGAAAAUAAAAAAAAUGUCCAAAAUUAUCAUCUGCUGAAUUAAUAAAAAAAAAAGUACCAAAGGCGAUGAUUUCAACAAGCAACCUUUCAUAUGUAUUAAGGAAUGGUUUUUUAAAGAGAUGUUAGCAACAUUUGAAAGCGAAGGGCAACAUAAUAAAUAUAACAAAAUACAAGGUAGAAAAUUUCCUGUUCAACAUCGAUAAUAUGAUACAGGUUUCCGUCCCUAUUUGCCUUAUUCUGCAACAUCAUGCCUCUAAUUUCCCAUGGGAUCAAAACUGUCCGCAAUCGUCGCUUUUCUGUUUGACCCAGCACCUAACCGGUCUCAUACUUUUUAAUCAAAUUAAUGCUACAUCGAUUGGACUUAAAGGGUUUCCCUACUGUGGACUUAACAUAAUUCCGUCUGAAUUUAAUCCGUUUAAUGAAUAUUUGUUUUAAAGAGACAGUUAAAAAAACCAUGUACAACAACUGCAAUUAUGAAGGGGACAGAGUCGAGAGAGAAUUUAAUCGAAAAGUCCGAAGAAGAGAAUACUAAAGUGCUAUUAAAUGAUCCAAUCGAGCGACCGUUGUCGCAAAUUGAAAAAACUUUUCUUUUACAUGCGGAACGAGGUGAUUGUGGAACGGUCCAAAGGAUCAUAGAUCAGUAUACAUCAGUGCCUGAUGAAUUUGAUAUCAAUUGCGUGGAUCCCCUUAAUAGAUCUGCACUUAUUGCUGCAAUAGAAAAUGAAAAUAUUGAAUUGAUUAAACUCCUACUUAACCAAGGAAUUGCGGUGAAGGAUGGAUUAUUGCAUGCCAUCAAAGAAGAGUAUGUGGAAGCGGUGGAAAUACUAUUAAAUUGGGAGGAAGAACACCAUCAAGAUAAUGAUCCUUAUAGUUGGGAGCAAGUUGACCGAUCCGGGGCUUCUUUUACUUCGGAUAUUACUCCCCUCGUUCUGGCAGCUCAUAAAAAUAACUAUGAAAUAAUCAAGCUGCUUCUAGAUCGAGGGGCAACUUUGCCAAUGCCCCAUGAUGUAAGGUGCGGUUGCGAUGACUGCGUUCAUUCGAGCAAAGAUGACUCUUUAAGACACUCUCAAAGUCGAAUAAAUGCUUAUAAAGCCCUAUCAGCGCCAUCACUGAUCUGCCUCUCUUCAAGCGAUCCAUUGUUAACAGCAUUUGAGCUAUCAUGGGAUUUGAAACGGUUGAGCAGGAUGGAAACGGAAUUUAGAGCAGAAUAUAAUGAGAUGAGAGAUCAAGUACAGAACUUUGCUACGUCCUUACUGGAUCAUGCCAGAACUUCCUACGAGCUGGAAAUAAUGCUCAACUAUGAUCCAAAGGGCGAAGUUUGGGUUACUGGAGAACGGCAGACAUUGGAACGAUUAAAAUUGGCCAUUAAGUACAAACAGAAGAAAUUUAUUGCUCAUCCUAAUGUUCAACAACUCUUAGCGGCCAUCUGGUAUGAAGGUCUGCCGGGCUUUCGCAGGAAAAACAUGAUUGGUCAGGGCAUUCAAGUGGCCCAACUUGCCAUGAUGUUCCCGAUCUAUUGCACGAUUUAUAUGAUUGCUCCUAAUUCCAAUAUGGGACUUUUUAUGAAGAAACCAUUUGUAAAAUUCAUCGUUCAUUCAGCUUCGUACGGCCUCUUUCUGAUGUUGUUGGGAGCAGCCUCGCAAAGAGUUGAAAUUUUGGUUUUGGAACUACUGGGAACAGAUUGGGUACAAGACAUGGUCAAAGAAUGGAAGAGGAAAGAACGAGGAGCACUUUUUGGAUUGGCAGAGUAUGGUGUUAUUAUUUACGUAAUAAGUUUAAUAUGGGCAGAGUUGCGAUCUUUGUGGUCUGACGGAAUUUUAGAAUACAUUUCAGAUUUAUGGAACAUAGUGGAUUUUAUAACGAACAUAUUUUACGUUAUGUGGCUCUCUCUUCGGCUCACUUCUUGGUAUAUAUGUUGGAGGGAUGAAGAAAUGGGCAAACAAACAUGGUAUCCUCGAGAAGAAUGGGACUCAUUCGAGCCGAUGCUGUUAUCGGAAGGCGCUUUUGCUGCCGGCAUGAUUUUCAGCUUCUUAAAGUUAGUUCAUAUAUUCAGCGUCAAUCCUCAUCUGGGGCCGUUGCAAAUUUCCCUCGGCCGCAUGAUAAUUGAUAUCGUAAAAUUUUUCUUCAUCUACACUCUGGUGCUUUUUGCCUUCGGAUGCGGUUUGAAUCAGUUGCUUUGGUACUAUGCAGAAUUGGAAAAAAACAAAUGUUAUCACCUGCCCAAUGGAUUACCGGAUUUUGACAACAACGAUAAGGCCUGUACUAUUUGGAGGCGAUAUGCGAAUUUGUUUGAAACUUCACAGUCACUCUUCUGGGCUAGUUUUGGCCUAGUUGAUCUAAUGACCUUUGAACUGUCCGGAAUCAAAGGAUUUACCAGAUUCUGGGCAUUGCUCAUGUUCGGCUCAUAUUCUGUUAUAAAUGUAAUAGUAUUGCUCAAUAUGCUUAUAGCCAUGAUGUCCAAUUCAUAUCAAAUUAUUUCUGAAAGAUCGGAUACGGAAUGGAAGUUUGCACGAAGUCGCUUGUGGGUCAGUUAUUUUGAUGAUGGCGAUUCGCUGCCUGCACCGUUCAAUAUAAUGCCAACACCAAAAGUGAUUUUCAAAAAAAUGGGCUGCGUGAAAAGCACAUCGAGUUCUGCGAGUUUUAAAAAUAAAUCCAGAGAACUUGCGAGAGAAAAGCAUGAGACGAUUAUGAAAUUGCUGGUUCGAAGGUAUGUUACAGCUGAGCAGAGAAAGAGGGACGAUUUUGGAAUAACAGAAGACGAUGUAAUGGAAAUUCGCCAAGACAUAUCCACUUUGCGAUAUGAGCUAAUUGAUAUUUUGCGCAACAAUGGCAUGAAAACACCUACAAUUUCAAUCGAGGAUACUCAAGUUUCUGGAAAGAAAGGCAAAACUAUGGAACGCCGACUACUGAAAGACUUCCACAUUGGAAUAGUGGACAAUAUUGUAAACGAAAUACAGCAAAAUCUGGAAGAACCGAAAAACGUUUUCGGGCAAAUUGCGAAAGUGAUUGGAAGACGAACAACAUUCAAAAGCAAAAAGAAAGAUUGGAACGCCCUGGUCAGGAGAAACACCACGGCCAGCAAUCCAAUUGGGUCGGCUCAAGAAGCUGAAGAAUCGAUUAAGAAGCGGCAGAGCUUGAGGAAGCAUAUUAUUUCAAAUGUAAAUCAACCGGUACACAUUGAGGACGAGAAGCUAAUUGAGUACAAUCCAAAGUUAGUUGAGGUACCAAGAGGCGCCAGACUUGCGUACGCUAAAUUCAUGUCGAAGAAAAUUGAGGAAGACUACAAGACUGGCAAUCAAGAAGAAUCAACAGGGCCGCCCAAAGACAUAAAAAAACAAAGCGUCAAGUUUGUGAGCUGCACGCCAGUUCCACCACCAAAAAGUAACGCAUCGAGUUGUGCUCAAGAAGAAAAGCGCAUAGCUGGCGGCGAACUACAACAGAAAAUAUGUGCUAAAUCACAGCUUCCCUUAAAGGACACUGAAGAUUCAGAACCCGCGAAACAUGGCGAACCCUCCCAAGAACCAGGAUUAGCUGCGGCGAAGGAUUCACUUAAGCUGAAACAUCCAUCGCUUAUCGAUGCCGAAUCGCAAAGUUUGCCGACAACUGAAAUAUUAAAGCCUGCGAAGAUUGAAACUGCUACAACCAGCCAAUUGGAAACAAAAGACAAAGCGGGAGCAGUGCCAAAACUACACGCUGCAGCAGAACCUAAAAAGAAACCACUGUCCGAUACUGCUAAGGAUAAGAGUGUUAAAGUCCCUAUUGAGGAAGAGCCGCAAGAUAGAGCUCCUGAGCUUUACAUGUGCUCGAAGUUAACAGGCCAAAAAAGAACUGGAUGGAUAUAAGUAGUUAUUGCUAACCGAAUUUGCACCUUUAGGUUUUAGAAAAAUGUCCGAAAAAUGCAUGAGGAAUUCUUAAAAUCAUAUAUGUAUGUUAGUAAUGGCCUAAUAAAUACAGAGUGUCUCACGGUCA